AUGAAGAUAAUUAUCAAAACUUUGAAGGGGAUUCGCUUCAAGAUCCAAGUUAAACCCGAGCAUACGGUUGGUGAUGUGAAGGAGAUCAUAGAGACUAUGCUGGGAGAAGCAUAUCCUGCUGAAGAACAGGUGCUAAUUCAUAAAGGGAAAGUGCUUAAAGAUGAAACAACAACAAUGGAGGCUAACAACGUUUCCGAGAAAAGUGUUAUUGUCAUUAUGAAGAAUAAAGCUGCAUUUCUUGGAAAGUCAACUGCAUCUGCAUCUUCUUCUGGCCGUAAAUCUCAGGCUAAGGCAACGGCCCCUCCUUCGUCUUCAGUCACUCGAGUACGUGAAACUCCUCCAGAAGCAGUCCACAAGGGGUUUUUUUACUUGCCUGAGGGCCUGCCAAAUGAUGGGUCGCUUGAGUUUCUGCGCCACAUCGAGCAGUUCCAGUUUCUGAGACGUUUGGUGAGAUCAAACCCUCCUCUCCUAAAGGGAAUACUAAUGGAGAUGAGGAAACAAAACCCGGCAUUGUAUCAUAUGAUUAAGGACAACCAAGAUGACCUCGGACGCAUGCUAUUGGGAAAUCCCCUUCAAGGAAGAGCAGUUGGGAAGCAAAUGGCACAGCCUCAGGAACGCCGAUGUCGCAUCGACGACCUCCCAUUUUCUCGAAUCAAGAAACUCAACCAAGGAAGAGAUGGUGACAACGAAAUGGACCAGGAAUUUAAACGCGUAGCCACACUCACACCUGAGGAGUUUGAAUCAAUCAAACGGCUUGAAGCAAUUGGUUUCAAGAGAAGUGUUGUGUUGUGGGUGUUUUUCCUCUGCGACAAGAAUGAAGACUCGGCUGCAAUCUACCUUCUCGAACACAUGGACGAGCACGAGUUUCAGCAGUAA